AUGAAAAGGAAAAAGUUGUCGAGUCUUAGCCAAUCAAAUGCUUCAGGGAGCAAAGCCAAGAAAGAUAACUCAGUGUCUUGUGGAAAGACUGCAAAUAGCACAAUAUAUGAUCAUUUGAAAGGAAUACAGAAUCGACACAGACACCCACACAUUGCUGAACCAGAAGUUGCAUCACUCUUUCACAAAGGACCUGAAAACACACAACUUGAUUUGGCUGAGCUAGAAAAAAAAUUAAUGAAAACCAGACGAGAAAAACCACAGUCGAUCCACAUUUUAAACUCUAUUGGAAAUUUCUGGAGAAUUAAAGGCAACACAUUGUAUGCCAUCGAAUGUUUUCGUAAAGUUUUAUCUCACUCACCAGGAAAUGUUGAUGCACUCCUAAAUUUAGCUCGAUUGCUCCUUCAACUCCAUUACUUAGACGAUGCACUUUACUUAACACAGACUUCACUCAGUAAACUUCCAAAUCACCAGAAUGCCUGGUUACAUCACUUCACCCUGGGAGAAAUACAUAAAGCCUAUGGACAUUACCAAAAAGCUAUCUAUCAUUCCCAGCUGACCUUGGAGCUAAAACCUGGUUUUGAACCAGCAAAGACACUUCUUCAGGAAGUUGAAACUCAUCCCAGCAACACCAUCACAAAUUGCACUUUUGUCAUAAUUCUGCUUUUGAUAUUUGGUGUUUUGUUUGGAGUUGUGCAUUCUGGUCAUAAGGAAAUUGGCAAAACACAGCGCUCAUUCAACAGAGCAAUGGCUAUGAAAUGUUUGAAGAAGCAAAGAUGA